AUGGAGAAAAUAAUUAAACAAAAAGCAACAACAAAAACACAAACACUAACCGACAACCAAUCAACCACCUCUUCGGAGGUGUCGACCCAGGACAUGGCCAUGGACAAGAUUUUAACUUCGGGCGGGGACGUGACUCUGGAAACGUACAGAGACGUAGUAUGUGAAAGCAUACAGCGACAGAGUGAACAGCUGUCCGCCCUUCUAGAGAAGACCACUCUAAGACUCAGCCAAGAGAGUGUGCCCUCCGGUUUUGGGAAUGACUCACCCCUCUCCGAUGAGGAACUUGACGUCACCGUCAUACCCUCAUCUUUGAGGGGUGAGACAGCUACAAAAACUAUAGAGAGCACUCAAUCUGCUGCCAUGGGGGGGUCAACUCAUGUGGAAGGGGUUACAUCGGUAUCUACCGAUGCGACCAACCUCCGGAUCGAGGAUGGCGUCGUGGAAAGGGACACUGAAGUUCCAACCAACCGCGAUGCCUCCGGAUCGAAGGAGGUAAAAAUAAGGAAGGGUUACAAAAGGUCGGUGAGGUACUGUAAGAGCUUCAUCGGUCGCGAACCCUUACAAAUUACAGAGAGGGAAAAAGCCCUGAUUAGGGUGAACAUGAAGGCCAUAAGGAAGUUCGAGAAGAACCAUCCGGAAGUGCCUAAAUGUACACUCGAAAAGGACCUUGCCUCUCUCUUUACAGCCCCCACUAACAAGGUAAAUCCGUCUGAGGAUAAGCCAACUAGUGGGGCUGGGGUGAAGGGCAACACCUCUCCCGGCGGUGGAAAGACAGCUUCGGCUGUUGCACCACCAACGGAAUCAAGUGUAGCCCCCACCACUUCUAACUCAGGAAAACGGAGGAACAAAAGGAAGGACGCCCCUAACGGAAAUUCUGCCCCAGUGGAACCAAAGGAGGCCAAAUCCUCUUCUCGGGUAACGAUGAAGAGAGGACGGUCAACGGAGGAACCACAUCCCGAGGCAAAGAAACCGUUAACGGGCAAACCUCCUCCUCCGCCAACUGCGGCUUCUACGCCAGCAACUGUAGCUGGUAGGGAGGUUGUGGCAAGGCCGGUGCAAGCAGCCUUAGUGGACCCUAGGUCUGCUAAUGCGAAGCCUGCAACCACCAACCCACAACCUUCAAGCCAGCCAUCAAGAAAGAGAAAACACUCCCAAACCCUGUACCCGGACAAUCUCCGUGUAGCGGUCAUCGACCGAGCUGAGCCGGAAGGCAAAAUCAGUGAAAGUCGGUGGCUUCUCAUUGAGGACCGUCUGAGGGAACAGGUUUUCCUGGGGGAGGAUCCUUCCAAGUUACAGUUUGGCAGUGCAACCGUCUACAAGGGAGUGAAGGUCAUCUGCUGCGAAAAUGAGGAGUCAAAGAACUUCCUCGUGACCGCAGUAGCUGGCCUUCAGGAACUUUGGGAUGGAAGUGCACUUGCUGCUGUAUCCCUGAAGGAUAUCCCCUGUAGGAGGAUUUUAACAGCAUGGGUGCCGCCGCCCUCUGUGGACCCGGCACGCGUGCUGAUAAUAUUGGGGAAGCAGAAUCCCAAUCUCUGCACGGACGGCUGGCGCUUAGUUGGCUCAAGUACGGAGGGAGGGGGCCUGGUCAUAAAGGUCUCUGUUGAUACUGCUGGCCAGGAAUACCUUCAGGCUCGUGGAGGGAAGUUGCACUUCGGCACAGGAUGGAUUCGGUUCCGUCUAACGCCGUCGUCGCAGUAGGAGAAACGAAGCCACAGCUGCUUAGCAUUGUGCAGAUUAACCUGCAUCACUGCAAGGCAGCUGGGGCUGAGCUUCUCCUAUCCCUCUCCAAGCUUGAAGUUGACAUAGCCCUGGUCCAGGAACCUUAUAUUUUUAAGAAUAAGGUAACUGGGCUAGGGAGUGAGCGGUACAUCACCUAUGCCACCUCCAAUGGGGAAAAGCGGAGGAGACGCCACGGCGGUCAGACUGGAGACUAGGACGGGCAAAACACUAUUCCUCGUCUCCCUGUACCUUCCCUUCGAGCACCCCGACCCACCAGGCCAAGUGGUA